AUGGCGUCUGCCCCUGAUACCGAGUCAAUUCCUGGCUAUACAAUCUUCCGUGAGGGGGACUAUGAAAGUGUUGCCGCUGCUGCCAUGCUGCCUAAAGGCACCCCACACCCGUUGGAUCAACUUUCCAUCAAGGAAAUUCCCGAGGCGGCGAAGAUCAUCCGAGAGUAUGCCAACCCCAAGUCGAUCAGUUUCAACUGUAUCACACUUCGUGAACCCCGCAAAGCGGAAUACCGGGCAUUCCGUGCUGGUGCCGUCCCAGCUCCUGCCCGUCGUGCGUUCGCCAUUGUCAUUGUGCGCGAAACCAAAACAAUCGCAGAGGUGGUGGCCAAUCUCGCCACCGGCAGAGUUGAGGAAUGGAAGGACGUUCACGAUGUCAUGCCUACCCUGACUUUGGAGGAUCUUGAUGUGAUGGAGCGUGUUGCCCGUAAGGAUGAACGCGUCAUCCGUGCCUGCAAGGACAUCGGAAUCACCGACAUGAGCAAGGUCUUCCUUGACGCAUGGGCUAUCGGUAUCGACGAACGCUGGGGAUACGAGCGCCGCCUCCAGCAGGGUCUGGCAUACUAUCGCAACUCGGAGUUCGAUAACCAAUACGCUCACCCUCUAGAUUUCAGUGUUGUCGCCGACACUGACACGGAAGAGGUUCUCAGCGUUGAUAUUCGUUACGUGAACGGCGAGCGGACUGCUGCCCCACUCAAGGAACACAACUAUCUCCCCGAAUUCAUUAGCGACAAGUACAACCAUGAUCGCCUGAAACCGAUCGAUAUCACCCAGCCCGAGGGUGUCUCCUUCAAGGUCCGCGGCAACGAGCUGACCUGGGCCAACUUCAAGAUGCACAUUGGCUUCAACUACCGAGAAGGUAUUGUUAUCUCCGAUGUGCGCACUCACGACAUGUAUGAAGAUCGCGAGCGCACUCUGUUCAACCGUAUCUCCGUCGUUGAGAUGGUUGUUCCCUACGGCUGCCCCGAGAAGCCCCACCACAAGAAGCACGCUUUCGAUGUCGGCGAGUACGGCACUGGCCUGAUGACCAACUCCUUGAAGUUGGGCUGUGAUUGCAAGGGUGCCAUCCACUACAUGGAUGGUGUCAUGUCUACUUCCAAGGGCGAGGCGGCCGUUAUCAAGAACGCCAUCUGCAUUCACGAGGAAGAUAACGGUCUUCUCUAUAAGCACACCGACUACCGUGAUGGCACUGUGAUCUCCGCCCGCGACCGCAAGCUCAUCGUCUCCCAAAUCAUUACCGCCGCCAACUAUGAAUACGGCUUCUACCACACCUUCACCCUCGACGGAACCUACAAGCUGGAGAUGAAGCUGACUGGCAUGCUCAACACCUAUUGCAUGCACCCGACCGAAACUGCCGCUCCCUUCGGCACAGAAGUUGCGCCCUCUAUUAAUGCCCACAACCACCAGCACCUGUUCUCCCUCCGCGUCGACCCGGAAAUCGACGGCCAAAAUAACUCCAUAAUCCAAAACGACGCCGUCUCCGCCGAAGCCGCUGUCGGCUCUCCAGAGAACCCUUACGGCAACGGCUUCUACAGCAAGAAGACCCCGCUCCGCACAUCUCUCGAGGGGGCCGCAGACUACUGCUACGAGACCAACCGGUCAUGGGACAUCAUCAACCCAAAUCGCAUGAACACCAUUGCGAAAAAGCCCGUCGCCUACAAGAUCCUCAACAACAACUGUCCCCCUAUGCUCGCCAAGCCUGGCAGCACUGUGUGGAAGCGUGCUGCUUUCGCCCGCAAGCCCCUCUGGGUUACCCCUUACAAGGACUACGAGCUCUUCCCGGCUGGUGACUAUGUCUGCCAGUCUGACGGCUCUGAGGGACACCCUUACAACUCGACCAUCGCAGACUGGGUGCAGCGCGAUGAAAACAUCGAGAACACCGAUAUCGUCUGCUACCUGCAAUUCGGUCUGACGCAUUUCCCGCGGACUGAGGAUUUCCCUAUCAUGCCUGCGGAGCCAGUUAGCAUUAUGCUGCGGGCCUCAAAUUUCUUUGAGAAGAACCCUGGUCUCUGGGUACCUCCUUCGGCUAUUUGUGUUGAUACCCAGUCUAAGAAUGCGUUUCCUUCUUCUUGCUGUGCGCCAAGUAAAUCUCGAAUGUGA